GUUCAGAGUAGGGCGGGUUUGGACGCGUAAUUCCUGGUGGCUAGGGCGGUGCUGCUCAGCCUUUCAUACUAGGCCGUCCGUCAUUGCCUGGCACAAUAUCAAGACAAGUAUGGACAUGAAGAUGGUCCAGCAACUUCUCGACUGAACGCAAGACAUCAUGAACGACAUCGAAAAGCCCACAGAAAUCAUAGACCACGGCCAAGGCUUCGCAGAAGCUUCUUGGCUACUGGCUAGCGAUGUUGAUUCCGAAAGCUUCAUCUUUCGAAAGUUUAAUAGGUUAAGCGCCCGCAACAUCUUGUACUUGCAGUGUGAGGUGUUAGCCCUGGAGGAGAACUUGGAGAGGCUUAAUCGACUAGUUGAUCGGAGCACCGACACAUCACUGCAGGAAUCUGCGAGAAAAUGGGAAAUGCUGGUAAUUCAGUGCAACGAAGGUGAGCCGAGAGCCCUCGAGAUGAUGGCGACGGUGCAAGAAUUGAGAGCAAAGCUGAGGGAAUAUCAUGAGACGCUCAAACUCCAGAGCGAGAUAGCCUCUAUGCAUCGCCCUGAGGGAAGGGCAUUGCAGGCGACUAGGCAUUGGCUCGAGCAGCCGUUGCGGGUGCUCGGUGGAAGGUCACGACACUUCUUGGAAGACGAGACCGAUUUGGUUUCCUUGAAAGUGCCAGCAGAGGCCGAUUUUCUUUCCAAACAACUCCGAGCCUGUUGGCCGGGGCAGGAGGAGUUGUCCCGAGACGGCGUUCAUCGAAUCCGUCGCUAUAACGAAAAGUCCAUCACGGUGGCAGUCGGUUUGAUCAGUAUCGCACUCGCUGCGGCUCUGCUCAUCGGGGCCAUCGUCGGCUUUUCCUACGUCUGUAGGUGGUCAGCGAAGGUUGGCAUGAUAUGUACCUCCACGGUUGCGUUUGCGUUAUGCGUAGGUUUGACAACAAAUGCAAAACGGGCGGAGAUCUUCGCAGGGACGGCAGCGUAAGAGGCCCUCACGAUAUUCUGGGAACCGUGUUAACAAUCAUACUCAGAUACGCCGCUGUGCUGGUUGUGUUUGUUAGUAACGGGGAUCUGUCAGGAAACCAACGCUGCCAACCGCAGUGAGCCCAUGCCACCGACCGUCCUUUAUGCCAUUGCUUCUAUCUUCACAGCAUCGGUUAUAGCGAAGGGUUGACGAGCCGAGGGAGGCUUGUUCGCAUUUCGUAUACAAAUCGCGGAAA